GAUGUCUGGUCGUGGGAAGAAAGCUGUCUCCAAAUCGAAGACUCCCACAAGUCGCUCAGUCAGGGCAGGUCUCCAGUUUCCUGUAGGCCGAAUUCACCGUCUGCUGAAGAAGGGACAUUACGCUACUCGCAUUGGUACAGGAGCUGCAGUCUACCUCGCUGCCAUACUGGAGUAUCUCUGCGCUGAAGUCCUGGAGCUGUCGGGCAACGCGGCCCGUGACAAUAAGAAGUCGCGCAUUGCUCCACGGCACAUCCAACUAGCUGUGCGGAACGAUGAGGAGCUGAACACGCUGCUGGGUGCGGUCACCAUAUCGGAGGGUGGUGUUCUUCCAAACAUCCAAGCCAUGUUACUCCCCAAGAAGACCAAGCUACCUAAAGACGACGGCAGCAAUGCCAAAGACGUCCAGUCUCAAGAGUUUUAAAAUGUACCUUACAAGCUUUUACCGCAAAUUUUCACCGUUUUCCUUAAUAAAAUAACACAUUUAAAGAAUGUAUUUAGUGUUGGCCAGCUGAUGCACUGCAAUGUCCAGACAUGGCCUAUGUUAAGCUUUAUUUGAAUAUUUCAUUAAUUGAAAUUCAAACCUCAUAGGUCAGGGCUGGGUCAAUUCAAUUCAGGAAGUGCUUUCAAUUCAAUCAUUGACACUUUUGCCAAAAAAAUGCUUCUCAGUUUGAGAAGUUGUUACAGAAAUAAUGCCAGUUCACUGGAAUAUGAAUUUCAAUUUACUUCCUGAAUUGACUGACUUCAAUUUGAAUUGACCCCAACCCUCCAAGGAAUGAGGUAGGCCUAUUGGUUUCAUGAGCUAAAACCAAUACCCUGGGAUUGUGUGGGUGUCUGACUGCUCCAACACAUGUGCAG